AUGCGGAGACGAAAGAAGCUGGAGGAGGUGCUGGGGCCGGCAGCCAAGAGGCGCCGGCUGGAGCUGGGUGAGGAAGGGGCUCCGGGCUGGCCGCUGGCUGCCUCACCCAAGGAGUUGUGGCAGCAGAAGGCAGAGUCUGAGCUUGCCAGUCGUGGCCUCUGCUGUGAGGGGGAGCAGCCGUGGGGGAAGCAGCUCAAGCCCUGGGUCAAGGCUGCCAGCCACCGCUGCAGCCCCAAGGACAAGCUGACCAGCAAGCAGGGCAGUGACCAAGCCCCGGCAAUACGAGAGGACGGGGUCCCCGUGCCCCAGAAGGUGCCCUUCUCCGUGGGGCGCCUCUCCAUGCGGUGGGAGCGGCUCUGCGGGGUCGGUGCUGGGCUGCACAACCUGGGGCUCAGCUGCUUCCUCAACGCCACGCUGCAGUGCCUGACGCACACGGCGCCGCUUGCCAGCUACCUGCUCUCCGAGGAGCACGGCCGCAGCUGUGACCAAGAAGGCUUCUGCAUGCUGUGCGUGAUGCAGAACCACGUGGUCCAGGCGUUUGCCAGCAGCGGGCAGGCCAUACAGCCACUGUCCUUCAUCUGGAACCUCAAGAACAUUGCCCAGCACCUCUGCUUCGGGAGGCAGGAGGAUGCCCACGAGUUCCUGCGCUACACCAUCGACGCCAUGCAGCAAGCCUGCUUGAACGGCUGUGCCCAGUUGGAUGGCCAGAGCCAGGCCCCGACACUGGUUCAUCAGAUCUUCAGAGGUUGCCUGCGGUCCCGUGUGACGUGCUCGGAGUGCAAGAGCACCUCAGACACCUACGAGCCUUACCUGGACCUGGCGCUGGAGAUCGGGGAGGCCACGAGCGUGGUGCAGGCGCUGAAGCAGUUUGUGAAGCCAGAGCUGCUGUGCGGGGAGAACGCCUACAAGUGUGCCAGGUGCCAACAGAAGGUGUCGGCCACCAAACACUUCAGCAUCCACCAAGCCGCCAACGUUCUGACGGUGGCACUGAAGCGCUUUGCCCACGGUGGGGGAGGGAAGAUCACAAAGGAUGUGCAGUUCCCCAUGCUGCUGAACGUCCGCCCCUACAUGUCUGCGCGGUGCGGGGACCCCGUCCUGUACAGCCUCUAUGCGGUGCUGGUGCACUCUGGGCAUGGCUGCCACACAGGGCACUACUACUGCUACGUGCAGGCCAGUGAUGGGCAGUGGUAUCUAAUGAAUGAUGAGGAGGUCAACGCCACAGACACCCAAGAGGUCCUCAAGCAGCAGGCCUACCUGCUGUUCUACCAGAGGAUCCCCAACCCCAGGAAGAGCUCGGAGGGGCCCAUUGCCGAGGCUGCCUCCAGCCUGCCCGGCCGCAACGGCAGCAUCCCAAACGAGAGACCAGACCUGCUGCCGGGGAAGCAGCUGCCUAGGCUGGAGGUCAGAGUCCCUGUGGCCCACAGCGCGUUUGGGACGGGGCCGGAGCUGUUGAGCGGAACCACCCUGCCAAAGCUGCCUGCCAGGUCCCCACCGCCCAAA